AUGGAUUUGGGUAAGUCUCUUAUGCUCUUUAUUGUACAUUUCCUAUUUGAUUGUCCUCUUGUUGAAAGUCACCUCAUAUUUUGUAGUUCAAUAUUCAUCCGAAGUUUCGGAUUACCUCUCAUUUUUGAAUUUCUUGGUUUGAUUUCCAUUAUUAUUCAAGAACUCACAUGCCUUUGAGAGCGGGUCCAAUAUUCUGCGGGUUUGUUCGGCUCUCUGGCUAUAAAUUGUAGCCCUUGCGCAAUAAAUAAUUUAUAAAUAGUAAUUCCAAGGUUUUGGCAAUACUAUUGUUUUGAUGACUGGAAACUGAAAAUGAAAUUGUUUAUUUUUUUAAACGAUAUAUUGCCCCGGAGGAUAACAGUUUAAGUACGGGAUCAACAAGGAGUCCUAACGACCAAUUUGUAGGCUUAGAAAUGUAGGGUAGUAAUCAGUAUUAGUGUUUUUGUGGGGGAUAAUCCUUGUAUGGGCUAUGGUUUGUAUAAAUAGAAAUUUUCAGUUGACCCUCUGGCCGAACCCUGUGCCGUUUGUGGCGAUAAAAGUACGGGUACCCAUUAUGGAGUUGUUAGUUGUAAUGGAUGUAAAGUAAGUCGUGCUCGUUAAAGGUUUGUAUGAAUUUAGGGAUUCUUCCGUCGAACCAUCCUCCGCAAUCAACGAUUCACUUGUCGUUUCAACAAACAGUGUGUAAUCGAUAAGAACUUCAGAUGUGCCUGUAGAUUCUGCCGUUUCCAGAAAUGUCUGACCGCAGGGAUGAAACGGGAAGGUAAGGAAAAGAGCCAUGUGAUAUUAUAAUAAAGGUCCUUAUGAUCAAUUUAUUUGCUACUAAUCAUAUUGUUUUAGCCAUUCAAUUUGAACGUGAUACAAUUGGAUCUCCCAAGAAAGGCCGAGCCAAUUCCCCACCACCAAUGUCCGCAGGGCCUUCAGGAAUGGGAGGACCGCCCGAUGAGAGAGCUACGGAUGUUAUCGACGUCCUCAUGGACAUGGAGAUCCGGGUCAACGAGGAAAUGUCUCAAAGAUACAGAAACUCGAUGCUGUCUCAAGCCGCCGCUGCUGGAGAGAAUGAUCCGAAUGGAGACCUGAAGUCAUGCACGGUGGAUGACCUGAACGAAAUCAGCCGAACGACCUUACUUUUGAUGGUGGAAUGGGCGAAAAGCCUGUCACCGUUCCCCGAAUUGAGUAUGGAAGACAAGAUCAUCUUGUUGAAGAACUACGCUCCUCAACACCUGAUCCUGAUGCCGGCUUUCAGAAGUCCGGACACCACUCGAGUUUGUCUUUUCAACAACACUUAUGGCCGAGAACAAAACAAUGGAGCAGAACUGAAUGGAUUCGCGGCCUUCAAGACCUCCAAUAUCACUCCCAGAGUCCUGGAUGAGAUCGUUUGGCCAAUGAGACAACUGCAGAUGAAGGAACAAGAGUUCGUUUGCCUCAAGGCCUUGGCCUUUUUACAUCCAGAAGCCAAAGGAUUGAGUUCAUCCAGCCAGACGUUGAUUAGAGAUGCCAGGAACAAGGUUCUCAAGGCCUUGUAUUCAUUCAUCAUGACUCAGAAUCCAGAAGAUGCCCCAACCCGAUAUGGAAACAUCUUGUUGUUGGCUCCAGCCUUGAAGGCAUUAACCCAGCUGCUGAUCGAGAACAUGACAUUGACCAAGUUCUUCGGACUGGCUGAAGUGGACUCACUUCUUUCCGAGUUUAUUCUCGAUGAUUUGAACGAUCAGACCUCGGCUCCGGCUUCUCUGAAAGAGCAUUUGUCCUCAGCCCCGACCUUUAGCACUGUCGGGACCUCCGCGAAUAACCUCCCUUCGACUCACAACUCCCAGAUGUCUAUCCCGAUGUCCUCCUUGAGUUCCGGCUUUGGUAAUGUGACCACCUCGUCCGCUUAUUAUCAACCCCAACUGAACGCAAUGAUGGCGCCAGCCAUGAAUUCGGCGAUCUACAGCCAGAACUCGAACCUGUUGAUGAACAACCUCUCCCAGGCGAUGCCCGCGACCAGCCAGAAUCCCACUGAUACCGUUAUGACCAUCCUGUAA